GCGCCUCGCUACACGGAACCAAACGGACAACGGGAAUGACAACGGCAUCUGUGUCCUCGUUUAGCCUUUGUCGCCUUCUGACAUCAACCCCGCUCACCUGCCUUCCGUUACUGUCCGUUACCGUCCGUUAAUAACCGUCAUUCUUUUUAUAGCGCAGGAUGAAGAAGAUGAACGAUUCAACAAUGGCAACGGCAUCUGUGUCCAGCUGCAGAAGAUAACGACAUGCUGAGAUCGAUCUGCUGCACUGGCAUUUAGUGCGGAAUUCUUUGGCCUCGUCUGCAGCUGCCACGUGGCAAGCUGGUCGGUUGGUUGAUGUUAUCUAAAAGGAUAAAACGGCGAAGUAACAGCUAGGACAGGAAAGGGGGGAACAUGUUGGGGAUGGGAGCAGCCGGGUGUGUGGCAGGUGGGGGCGGCGUGACGUUGUCGCACGUGUCGAUCGAUGGCGCUGGCGUUGCGCGCAGCCUACCGGUCGCCGCUCAGGGGGCGUCAGACACGUCCAGUGGCGCGUCGCUCGGUCCUUCUUCCUCAUCAUCAUCACAUUGCGGCGGGAGUUUGGUGCAGAGGACGAGCCGAUCGGGAUCCCAAUCGACUUAUCGGUUGGCAGUCGGGGCAAGAAGGGCCAUGUCGGCGCACAAACAGCCUGCUCCUUCCCCGUCGGCGCCGCCAGCGCCGACGUCGGGGUCUCAGACGAACACGUGUGGGCUGCGCAUACGUCGUCAUCGUAUUGCAACAGGAGUCGGAGUCUGUGCGAUGCAGCGAGUCGCUGGCGGCGGCGGCGCCGCCGCACAAUGCCGUGCGAUGAGAUCGGACGGCGCCUGCUCUUCAGCCGCCGACCAGUCGCAAUCGCAAUCGCAAUCGUCGCCCCAGAACGACGGUCUGGCGGCGGCGGGAAAGGACGCAGAAACAAAUGAGCCCGCGCAAUCACUGCCGCGUCAUCACGUGACUCGCAGAAUGAUCGCCGGCUUCGCUGGCGGCGUCAUGGUGCCUAGCCUGCUUACACUUGUCCUCAGAUCUCGUCUGGAUUUCGCACAAGCCGACAGCUCCGCUGCCGCCCACCAUCCUUCCGAGGUGCUCCAGCUGGCAUCCUUUGAGAGGAGCAGAGUGAAACGAUCUCGAGAAGCUCUCCUUAUCCCUGAUGACCUCAGUACGGACUUGAGUACACAACCAGGAACACCGGCAGGAGCAGCAGCUCAAGGAGGAGGAGAAGGAGGAGGAAGAGGAGGAGGAGCUGAGACAGAAAAGACUGCGUCUUCUGGUCCUGUUGCUGUAAAAGAGCAACCGAGCAACGAUGCCUCUUUGCAGUCCGUGGGGUCACAACGCAAGGUUGACGACAACAAAAAUAUAGCAAAAGAACCAGCAGCAGCAGCAGCAGCAGCAGCAGCAGCGGGAGGAGGAGGCGGAGGAGGAAGAGAAGAAGGUGGGGAGGCUGUUUCCUCGCUCAGGCUGGCGGAGAUUGGGGGGCCGACAGUUGUUAGUGACGGCCAGCAGGGGUCCUCUCCCGGCGGCGCUUCUGGUCUUUUGACCGGUGUGGGUCUCGUCGCUGCAGCGGGUUUUGGAGCAGGAUGGAUCGCCGAACGUUCAGCGAAGGCGAACUUGCAGGAGGAGCUUCAAGCGGCCAAGGCGUUGAACGAGAAGCAGCUGCGCACUCAAGAACGAGCGCUCACCGAAGUCUCUGAGAAAGCAGCCUCGCAGGUAUCCUCCCUUCAGACCUCGCUGCAACGGUCCGAAGAUGGCAAGAAACUUCUGACAGCAGAGGUGUCAGUUCUGCAGGCUAAGUUGUCAGACACGGAGGCUGAGGUAGUCAAGGCCAAGGCGGCCACAGCUGCCUCAGAGACAGCUCGCGAAGACCUGCAGGUCAAAAUGAACCAAUCGCUGCGAGAGAAGGAGGAGGAGAUAAAAGGGCUGGUUGUCGACUGCGGGUCGCUCCGGUCAGCUCUGACAGCUGCAGAGACUGCAGGUCAGAAUCUGCAGAAGGAGUUGGAAGACUUGCGAGCUUCUUGGCAGUCCCUGCAGUCCUCUCUGGCUUCUGCGGAGGAGGGUGGUCGGCAUGUUGAGACCGAGCUGGCAGAGGCACGGGCAGUGCUGUUGGCCAAGGAAAGGGAGGUGGAGGAGUUGCAGGGAAGUCUGGAGGAGGCAGUCAAGGAAGCCAGAGAGACGGACAAACACGUGGCCGACUUGAAGGGCAGGUUGAACGAGCUCGGUGAAACACUGGCAGCGGAGCAGGCUACCGCGCAGAAGCUAGUUCAGGAAGUGGGGAAGGAGAGAGCAGAGGUGGAGUUGAGGGAGAAGGAGGUGACCGUACUGAAGACUGCCCUCAAGGACUCCACUGAGAAGAUCAACAAUCUGGAAGUGCAGGUAAGAAACAUAGCCGGCGUCCUGCAAGCGAAUGCGGCGGACUGGGAAGAAUCCAAGGCCCAGGUGCAGGCCAUGGAGCAGCAGCUUGAGGAGGAGAGGCAGGCAGGCGAAGCACUUAGAGAGGAUCUCCUCAAGGAGACGGAGGCGAAAGCUAGCCUGGCUGCCCAGCUAGAAGAGGCCAAAGCGGAGGCCGCCGCUCAGAGACAGACGAAGGACGAGCUCGCUGCGGAGAUUGAUCGCCAGGGAGAGGAUAUCGAACGGCUGAGAGCUGCAGUGGACAGCUGGACAAGUCAGCUCGAGGCCGUGGAGCAGAAGCUGAGGCAGGAGAAAGCUGCGGUCAACCAGGCUAAAGCAGAGAUGGAAGCCAUGAGAGAUGCCCUGCACACGGAGCAGAGCAAGCUGGCGGAAAUGAAGGACAGCUUACAAAGCACCUCUGGAGAGGUCGCAGCUAUGGAGGCAGAGAGGAGGGAGCUGCUUGCCAGGGCGGAGAAAGCGGAGACCAUCACUGCGUCCCUGUCAAAGGAGAUCUCCGACCUCAGAGCAGCUCUGGCCAAAGCCGAAGCUGAGGCGGAAGAACUGUCGAAGCUGAAGAAAGACAUUGAAGUUAUGGCCAGAGAAAGGGAUGGACAUGAAGAGCGGGCGGCUCUCCUCGAGGAUGACGUGAAUGAGGCGAAGUUGGAAGUCUCUAGACUUUCUGGUGUCAUCACGGAGACCAAACGUCUGCUUCUGGUGGCCCAAGAGAAGAUCAGCCAGAUCGCAGAGAUCAGAGCGGAGGCUGCACUGAUGGUGGAGCAUUUUGAAGAUGUGGCCGGAAGAGAGAGAGAGGAGAAAGAACAGUUGCAGGAGAAAGCAGAGAGCUUGGCCAAGCAAAGGGAAGUCGAGCAGGAGGCGAACAGAAAGCUGUCAAAGGAGCUCGACACCGUAAGAGAGGAGUUGGCACACGUGCAGAUGUGCCUUAACGAGGCGCAAGCGGAACGAGCUGCAGCAAAGGCGAUGGUAGACUCCCUGAUGGCCACUUCUGCCCCGGAAGCUGACGAUGAAGAAGCCAACAACAACGGCGGCACAGAGGUAGAGACUAUCGCAGCAAGUACAAAGACGGGAGCAGCAGCAACAACAACAAGGAAAGCAGCAUCAGCAAGGAAAAGCAGUGGCACCAGGAGAACGAAACGGAACACAGGCCCUGGGGUUGCUAGCUAGAAAAGUACUCUGCUCCCCACCCCUUGUUUGUCAAACUGCUACUUACAGGAGAUGUUGCAGGAGAGGACCAGGAGGAUUAGAAAGAAGAAGAAGAAGAAGAAGAAGAAGAAGAAGAAGAAGAAGAAGAAGAAGAAGACGGAGAAGACUAAGAAAGGAGGAGGAGGAGGAGGAGGAAAGGGAGGAGGAGAAUGAGCACAUUACCCUUCCUCCUGUGUCCCUUUUUCCUUUCUCCUCCACUUCCUUGGGAUGGAGGAGAUCUGACAGGUUUGAAAUUUCUUGCAACUGACGAAGGGACCGUGCUAGAAUAGAGUUGCAGCAGCCUGAUGUCCCCUUAGCAGCAAACAGGCAGUCUGUAACCUAGAAUGAGGAGAGCCGCAACGGUCGGGACUCCAAUUGGUCCAAAACACUUGGUCCAGGAAGCAGGCGGUUAGACAAUUAUUUCUGUUAACAAUUCGUUGUCCAGUUUUUUAAUACCUUGGUCCAAAAGCCAGACAGAAACUGUUUGACAACUCCAACUUGAAGCUGAACAUUGCUUCUUCAGAAGGCUUAGCUUCUUUUGUUUUUUCCCCUCCCGCCCAAAUAGGGCGAACGAAGAGGUAACCAACUCCCUUUCCUCUACUCUCAUCAUUCUCUCUUCAUAGGUUGCGAUACUCGCCACGUGGAGGGUUCCGAUUCCCGUGGCUAGUACCAGAACUAGGCUUCCCAUUGUUGUGCCACUUCCUGGUACUACGGACGGUACUACCUAGCCACAGGGAGAGUUUCAAUCCACAGCAGCAGCUGGGUUUCCCAUUGUUUUGCCAAACUAGGAAAGUGCUCCUAAGGAUUUUUCUUGCAUGCCAUGGUGGCAAUCCCAUAUAGACUUCCACAGUGACCGUUACUCGGGAAUUAAGCCCAAUGGCAUGCUAUCUACUAUUAUUUAAAUUGCUUUCAAAUUUGUCAGUGUGCAUCCAUUUGUCUUUUUUUCAUUUUUUUCACUCUUUUGUACAAGUUGUGAUGAUCGAUUCAAGAUCUAGCACAGCUCACUGA